AUUUUAAUUAUUGGAAAAAAGAUAUUGAAGAAAAAGAAUUGUGUCAGUAUGUAAAGUCAACAUCAUCAAAAACAAAUGAAGAUAAAAAAUACACUUAUUAUUAUUGCCAUAGGUCAUUUGCUCCAAGAAUCACGAACAAAGGGUAUAAAUCUUCAAAGAGUGGUGGAUCAGUUAAGACUGGUCAUGUUUGUUCAUCUAACAUAAAAGUGCAUAUUGAUCACCAAAAUAUAAAAGUAAGUUUUUGUAGUACUCAUCUAUGGCAUACACAUGACAUUGGAAAACAAAGAUUAUUUGUUGAAGAUAGAAGUAUGAGUGCAGGAAAAUUAGCUUUGGGUGUACCAGUAAAUAGGAUACUAGAUGAUGUACGAUCUUCAGAUAUUGAGGGAGGGAUUAAAAGAAUUCAUUUACUAGAAAAACAAGAUAUACACAAUAUUAAAAGGUCUUAUAAUAUUGCAUAUACAACUAAGAAGCAUGAAAAUGAUGCAAUAAGUGUGAAUAUUUGGGUAAAUGAAAUGAUGGCUAAAGGCGAUAAAAGUCCUAUUUUAUACUAUAAACAACAGGGAGAGAGUGGUAAUUAUGAUUUAUGCUUUAGUAAAGAUGAUUUUUGCCUGAUCAUUAUGACUCAAUUCCAAUCGGAAUUAUUUUUGAAAUUUGGCAAUGACAAAAUAUGUAUCGAUGGCACACAUGGCUUAAAUGGAUACAAUUUUCAAUUAUAUUCAUUAGUGGUUGUUGACGAGUAUGGAAACGGUUUUCCUGUUGCUUUUUGUUUUUCAAACAAAUCAGAUACUGCUCUCUUCAAACAUUAUUUCCAGUGUAUUAAAAAUGCAAUUGGAAACAUAACAGCCGCUGUUUUUAUGUCCGAUGAUGAGCCAGCAUUUUAUAAUGCAUGGAGUGAAAUAAUGGGUCUUGCAAAUAAACAAAUUUUAUAUGAAAAUAAUUUUUAUAUUGGACUACAGACAGUUCUAAAUCAUUUAUUGAAUGAUAAAGAUACAGAAGAUUACGGAAAAUAUUUUAAAUCCAUGUAUUCUAACAAGAUAGAAAAGUGGGCCUAUUUCAAUAGGAAAUAUAUUGGGAUCAAUACCAACAUGUAUUUAGAAGCACUGCAUAAAAAUAUCAAACAUUGUUAUUUAGACGGAAAACAAUGUAAACGAUCAGACGUUUCUAUUAAUGCACUAAUGGCUUUA